AUGUCUCUAGGACCAUCGGGUGGAAGGUUCUUAAAGGACAAGAUCGGACAAGCCAAGAUCGACGCCUAUAAGGGACAAGCCAAGAGCAACAUGCCGCAGAGAUCGGCCAGUACCCGCACUGGGCUGGAGGAUCAAGAAGAGGGCGAUCUAAGUCGGUACUUCAAUUCAGCCAUGAAGAAGUACGAGGCGGAGCAACGUACAGCUCAGCGAAUGAAUCGACAGCCAAACCGCUACCCAGAUCGACGUACUUUGCUCCAACCUUCACACGAAAGCCUUGACAUGCCGGAUGUGGAGAUGGAGUCGGUGGGGUCGGACAUUUACCAACAUAUCCAUGAGGCGGCGGAAUACGACCCGGAUGAUCUAUGGAUGCCCGAACCACGGCGCCCUCAAGUAGCCGCGACCGAAUUCUCAGGGAAGGAUCGGGAAGAAGACAAAGCACGGACCUGGAUCGGCAAAGUGAAAUCAGCGUUUAUCCGGGACCAAGCACCGGACGAGGAGAGAUGUCUGGUCUUCGGUGAUCUCAUGGUGGGCCCAGCCCGCUACUGGUACCGACAGCUGAGUAGAUCGACGAGAUUCAAUUGGAAAGAAUUGAUGAACAGUUUUCUUGUGGAGUAUGCGGGACACGGGAUGUCCGCGAGCAGGCAAUACUACCAUGCAAAGAAACGAUCGGAGGAAGAUCCUUUACAGUACCUGUAUCGGCUUAAUGUGAUGGGAAUGCAGGCGAAGAUACCGGUGAUGACUGGAUUGCCAGCUGCGCGCAAGGAACAUGUCAAUCAUUUCAUUGACACCUUGGACGACCCCGAUCUGUCCAAUCAAUUGCUACUGCUGAAUGUAGAAGACGCGGAGGCCAUGCAAAAGACACUGCACGGAUAUCAACAAGGGAGAUCGCGUCAAGGGAAAGUGAUGAUGGGAUCGUCCAAAUUCAGGCAGAAGGGAACUCAGGGUCCAGCGCUGUCUAAGCCUGCACGAGCGGUAAGGAUGGUCCGUACCGAGGACGUCUGCAGCGAGUCAGGAUCGGACACCUGCGGAUCGGAUUUGGAAGAUCGAUUGAGGUCGAUCCAUGUGGCUGCUACUGCGGAUCGCCGCUCAUCCCCCAAUGACGUUGCCGCAAACGCGAGAUCGGUCGACCCGAACACUCGUCAAGACUAUCAAGACCGCAAUAUGCCAUUGAAGCCGUGUACUCAUUGCGGAUCGACCAAGCAUGGAGAUCUCGGUUGCUGGAAGCGGCUCACUUGCCAGAAGUGUGGGCGUAAAGGACACCCCUCUGACAAUUGUUUUUCGUGUGUCGUGCUUGCGUGGUACGUCCCGAAUAAGCAUGCGGGGAUGCUACCAGAGAAGGCCGAGAAGAUGUUAAACUAG